AUGCAUCAAGGUAAGUUUUGAGAUGCUACCUUGAAGACUCUGUGGCGGUGUAAGAUAUUCUUACAAUUUGAGACUGUUUUGUCCACACAGCUGAACAGAAGUCUCUGUUGGAGAUUACGUGACCUGACCCCAAAACAUUAUUUGUUCUCCUGAAAAUAAAAAUGGUUGAACGUAUGUCUAAAUUGUUAAUUGUAUAGGCCUAUCUUCUAAUCUUUCCUAUGGCAUCUACUAGCACUAAACAGGUCUGAUACUGCAGGGUCUCUGUCGGUUGCAGCUGUGUCCCUUCCCAUUGUCAUUAUUCUGUUCUACUCCCCUUGCCCAUGUUGAACGUAAAAUGGAUUUCUAUUUUACACAAAUUACACUGAAGUGGGUUACGUCAAAGCAGGGCAGGCUGCGUUUCCCAAGAUCAUGUCCAAUGUUCCGCCCAGUUGCCAGGCAACAGUGGAUUUCCAUCCUGGUCUUUAGCGUGUGAAAGCGGGCAGCACUGAUGUCUGCUUAGAUGUCCUUCCUUCCCAUGCCCUCUCUUGACGCAUCCUAAAACUAGGGCUUUGGAUUGGGGAUAGUCGGAAUAGUCAUUAGUACUACUGGGUGGCAGGUAGCUUAGUGGUUAAGAGCGUUGUGCCAGUAACCGAAAGGUCGCUGGUUCUAAUCCCCGAGCCAACUAGGUGAAAAAUCUAUCAAUGUGCCCUUGAGCAAAGCACUUAACCCUAAUUGCUCCUGUAAGUCGCUCUGGAUAAGAGUGUCUGCUAAAUGACUAAAAUGUAAAAAUGUAGCUAAAUGGUUUUUCACCAUCGUCAGAUUCUUAAGACGUCACAUAGAAGGCAAUUAAGAUGUAGGCCUAAGUUCAUCACACCCUACUGGUGCAGAAAAAGGUUGCUGCAUUAGGAAACAAUUUUUUUGUUGUUGUAAAGGGCAGGCUAAUUAAGAUAGGCGUACAGUAUCUCAGAUAGGAAUAGCUCCUCCAGGGCUUCCUCCCACUAGUGAAUUUAAUAGUUCCCCCCUCCGUGGCGUGUCUACACUGCAUGGCUGGUGUCAAGUUUCCAUCCAUGAAAUUUGAUUUAAGUGAUCCCAAAGGGUUGUAGCAGAGGGAGCCUAGCAGAGAGCCAGAGGACCCUAAUAAUUGACAGACAGCUAAUGGGAGUUCCUUGUAGGAAAGACUAUAGUAUAUUUAUACUAUAUCAUAUUACCACAAGACUAUCCCUGAAAGGUCACUUAGGUUUCUGCUCUAUAUGGUCUGUUCUUGCACCGCAUGCGUUCAAGAACACUCCAUAAAUGACCGAUGUAGUGCCCAGAUAAUAGUAGUGAUUACAUUUGGCCUAUCUACAAUACCUUUAUUGCGGUACAACUGAGUUGUGAUAUAUUGGAAGAAGGCAACAACGUUGUUGGCAACACGUUUCCAAUUGCCCCUAAUCAUACAUCAAGACUGGCAUUUUUUAAAGUAGCUUUCCCUCUUUCCAUAAAUACCUCUGUCUCUGCUGUAGUUCUGAUUAAUCUGUAGCGACACUGGGCAGUGGGUACAGUGUUUUAUUUGUUCCUCUGUGCUUGCCUACUGUAUUCUAGUCAUGGCUCAUCCUAUAUAACUACUGCUAUACACACAUUUUCCCUUCACAUACUGUCCAUCCUAUACACUGCCGGUCAAAAGUUUUAGAACACCUACACAUUCAAGAGUUAUUCUUUUAGUUCUACUAUUUUCUUCCUUGUAGAAUAAUAGUGAAGACAUCAAAACUAUGAAAUAACACACAUGGAAUCAUGUAGUAACCAAAAAGUGUUAAACAAAUCAAAAUAUAUUUUAAAUUUGAGGUUCUUCAAAUAGCCACCCUUUGCCUUGAUGACAGCUUUGCACACUCUUGGCAUUCUCUCAACCAGCUUCAUGAGGUAGUCACCUGGAAUGCAUUUAAAUUAACAGGUUGCCUUCUUAAAAGUUAAUUUGUGGAAUUUCUUUCCUUCUUAAUGCGUUUGAGCCAAUCAGUUGUGUUGUGACAAGGUGGGGGGGAUAUACAGAAGAUAACCCUCUUUGGUAAAAGACCAUUACCAUAUUAUGGCAAGAACAACUCAAAUAAGCAAAGAGAAACGACAGUUCAUCAUUACUUUAAGACAUGAAGGUCAGUCAAUACGGGACAUUUCAAGAACUUUUAAAGUUUCUUCAAGUGCAGUCGCAAAAACCAUCAAGCGCUAUGAUGAAACUGGCUAUCAUGAGGACCGCCACAGGAAUGGAAGACCCAGAGUUACCUCUGCUGCAGAGGAUAAGUUCAUUAGAGUUACCAGCCUCAGAAAUUGCAGCCCAAAUAAAUGCUUCACAGAGUUCAAGUAACAGACACAUCUCAACAUCAACUGUUCAGAGGGGACUGUGUGAAUCAGGCCUUCAUUUUACAUUUUAGUCAUUUAGCAGACGCUCUUAUCCAGAGCGACUUACAGUUAUGGUCGAAUUGCUGCAAAGAAACCACUACUAAAGGACACCAAUAAGAAGAAGAGACUUGCUUGGGCCAAGAAACACGAGCAAUGGACAUUAGACCGGUGGAAAUUAGUCCUUUUGGCCUGGAGUCCAAAUUUGAGAUGUUUGGUUCCAACCUCCGCCGUGUUUUUGUGAGACGCAGUGUGGGUGAACAGAUGAUCUCCGCAUGUGUAUUUCCCACCGUAAAGCAUGGAGGAGGAGGUGUUAUGGUGUGGGGGUGCUUUGCUGGUGACACUGUCUGUGAUUUAUUUAGAAUUCAAGGCACACUUAACCAUCAUGGCUACCACAGCAUUCUGCAGCGAUACGCCAUCUGGUUUGGGCUUAGUGGGACUAUAAUUUGUUUUUCAACAGGACAAUGACCCAACACAACUCCAGGCUGUGUAAGGGCUAUUUUACCAAGAAGGAGAGUGAUGGCGUGCUGCAUCAGAUGACCUGGCCUCCACAAUCCCCCGACCUCAACCCAAUUGAGAUGGUUUGGGAUGAGUCGGGCCGCAGAGUGAAGGAAAAGCAGCAUAUGUUUCAAGACUUUUGGAAAAGCCUUCCAGGUGAAGCUGGUUGAGAGAAUGCCAAGAGUGUGCAAAGCUGUCAUCAAGGCAAAGGGUGGCUAUUUGAAGAAUCUCAAAUAUAAAAUGUUGAUUUGUUUAACACUUUGUUGGUUACUACAGGAUUCCAUAUGUGUUAUUUAAUAGUUCUGAUGUCUUCACUAUUAUUCUACAAUGUAGAAAAUAGUCAAAAUAAAGAAACCCUUGAAUGAGUAGGUGGGUCCAAACUUUUGACUGGUACUGUGUAUAUAAAUCCUUUAUAUAUAAAUUAGUUAGUGGCUGUCUUGUAUGCGAGACUGCCAGUUAACACCAUGUUUAUAUUGGAGAAGGCGACUCAUUUAAGUUGAUCAUGUUGUGAAAUGGGAGUUGUUUUCUGGUGGUUGUUGGCAAACUUGUCCAACAAAAAUAUGGGAUAUAUUUGUUGUCUUAAGGGGGAAGGUGUUGUAAGCUUUGCUAGAUUUCGAGGUUGGUUCUGUUUGGGUGUGGCUUGCCCUGAUUGGAGUCAUCCUCAUUGGUCAGGAUAUGUUGCACCUGUCUUUAGUUUCUCCUGUGCUGGCACAGGUGAUAUUUAAGCAUGGCUGGUCCAGUUGGCAUGAGAGAUGUUGGAUGUGCUUGACUGCGAUUUAGCUCUGAGUGAUUUACAAACAAGCCUUUUUUAUCUUGUGUUCUCCUCUUUGGUUUGCUACACUUGCUUUUAGCUCCAUAUUAUAAGUUGGUGUGUGGGUUUUUAGUUUGGUUUGCCUUUUCUGCAGCAAAUGUAGUGGGAAUUUAUAGUCAGUGUCUUUUAGGACCCAGAUUGUUGUUGCUAGUCAACUUUCAGUGGACACUCCAUGAUUGUCUUUGAGAACCCAUCCUAAAACACCACCUGUUUCGUUCUGGUUGUCUGUGGCUUAUUUGUUAGUUCCCUAUUUCUGUUGAGCAACAAUAUUUUUGGGGAAUGUAACGGUGACCAAUAAACGUUGAUUUGAUUUGUCACAGGGCCAGUGAAGCCCCAUUUAAGACCCCACUGCUGUUUCAGCAGCUGUAGGAUGUUUUUAAUUAUAACAAUAUCAAACAUGAUUGCAAGUGUGUAGGUUGAUUUUCAAUAGACCCUAGACCUGUUUGCGUUGACCAAUUACUGUACCUAGCCUUUUUGUUGAUUCUGGACUAGUCACAGAUUAUUUACCACCAUUUUCCUAACUGCUGGUGCCCAAUGCGUGUGUUUGGUUUUGCUGUAGAGGUGAUCAGUGGCGAUUUUAGCAUGUCAAUCUUGGUGGGGCAAACAACUUUUUUUGGGGGAUGCAUGCCAGCAAAGCCACUACACAACAAAACACGAAAAAAUACAUGAAUUGCACUAUAACGGUGAGAAACGGUGCCCACAAACUGUUAGGGCCUAAAUAAAGCUGUCCCAACACCUUACCACUGCUACACCUGGCUGUCAGCGGAGCCUUGUCUGGCAGCGAAACAGUUCAUUCAACCUCCAUUUACUGCCUUUAAAAAAAAACAUAGCUGAUAUGGCUGACUUGCUUAAACAAAUGUGGUUUCUACUGACAAUUGAGAUGUACAAACUAUGGCUUAAGAGGCAAUCCGUCAUUUCGGUUAAGACAUUAAUGAGUGAGCUAGGACGGACGUAGUCAAUAUAACUAUUUGUUCAGCACUUUUGAAAUGUACAGUGACAGAAUUCAGAACAUGGGCCGUUCUUACAGUAUUCUCCCUGUACACCAAGUCAGAACCAUAGGAUAAAUAAGGGGGGCAUAUAAGCAGACAAUGAAAGCUUUUACAAUAUUCAAUGAUACAUUUCUCUAAAACAGGUUAUAGGCUACAUGUGCACCACCAAGUCAGAACAGUAGGCGAAAUUAAGAGGAUGAGGCACAUGGGCUACUAACAGCUUACUACACAACAUACACUUAGUAUUACUUUCUUAGCUACAGUAUACAUAUCUCUCUGGCAUAUUACAUAAUUUAUGCAGCAGCAUACAAUCCAUUUUUGGACUCUCCUUGUUGUGCUGUGCUCACCUGAACAGGAAGGUGGUGCGGCGGUCCUUCGUCUGCAAAUUUUGUCAUCAAACUUUGUCAUCAAAGCCUCUGGCAUUCUCUGGAUUUAUAGCGCUUUCAAGACAACUGGGACCCGGGAAAAAAACAAGGUCGAAUCAUGAUGACGUCAGUGAUCUUCAGGUCAUAGCUCUAGAAAGAGGCCAGAGUUCCCGACUUGCAAUUCCGAGUUGGAUGACCGUUCAAAACAUAUUUUCCCAAUCAGAGCUCAUUUUUUUCCCCAAGGUUCCCCAGGGGGAAAAAAGUAUUAUAGCCCUUGGCAAGUCUCCCACUGAAGUCUCAGAGCUUUCUACAGUUAGUGCAUACAUUACUUAAUUUAUCUUUUUUUUUUUUUUACCCCGUGGGAAGCGAAACCCAAACCCUGGCGUUGCAAAGCCAUGCUCUACAAAUGAGUCAUCCCUGCGGCCAUUCCCUUACUCCCUAUCUAGACGACGCUGGUUGCGCCGCAUGGUUCACGGUCGCGUCCGGUACGAAGACCGGAUUCGAACCAGGAUCUUAGUGGCAAGUAGCACGCGAUGCAGAUGCUAGACCAUGCGCCCUGGGAGACACAGAGGAGAGGCCUGUAAUUUCAUCAUAGGUACAUCAACUAUGACAGACAAAAUGAGAAAAAAAAUCCAGAAAAUCACAUUUGUAGGAUUUUAAUGAAUUUAUUUGCAAAUUAUGGUGGAAAAUAAGUAUUUGGUCAAUAAACAAAGUUUCUCAAUACUUUGUUAUAUACCCUUGUUUGGCAAUGGCACCCGGUCCACGCUUUUUCUGUAAGUCUUCACAAGGUUUUCACACACUGUUGUCCUGGUAUUUUGGCCCAUUCCCCCCAUGCAGAUUCGCCUCUAGAGCAAUGAUGUUUUGGGGCUGUCGCUGGGCAACACGGUACGUUUCAAAUCCCUUCCACAGAUUUUCUAAUGGGGUUUUUGAGAUCUGGAGACUGGCUAGGCCACUCCAGGACCUUGAAAUGCUUCUUACGAAGCCACUCCUUCGUUGCCCGGGCGGUGUGUUUGGGAUCAUUGUCAUGCUGAAAGACCCAGCCACGUUUCAUCUUCAAUGCCCUUGCUGAUGGAAGGAGGUUUUCACUCAAUCUCACGAUACAUGGCCCCAUUCAUUCUUUCCUUUACACGGAUCAGUCGUCCUGGUCCCUUUGCAGAAAAACAGCCCCAAAGCAUGAUGUUUCCACCCCCAUGCUUCACAGUAGGUAUGGUGUUCUUUGGAUGCAACUCAGCAUUCUUUGUCCUCCAAACACGACGAGUUGAGUUUUUACCAAAAAGUUCUAUUUUGGUUUCAUCUGACCAUAUGACAUUCUCCCAAUCCUCUUCUGGAUCAUCCAAAUGCACUCCUAGCAAACUUCAGACGGGCCUGGACAUGUACUGGCUUAAGCAGGGGGACACGUCUGGCACUGCAGGAUUUGAGUCCCUGGCGGCGUAGUGUGUUACUGAUGGUAGGCUUUGUUACUUUGGUCCCAGCUCUCUGCAGGUCAUUCACUAGGUCCCCCCGUGUGGUUCUGGGAUUUUUGCUCACCGUUCUUGUGAUCAUUUUGACCCCAUGGGGUGAGAUCUUGCGUGGAGCCCCAGAUCGAGGGAGAUUAUCAGUGGUCUUGUAUGUCUUCCAUUUCCUAAUAAUUACCACAGUUGUUUUUCUUCAAACCAAGCUGCUUACCUAUUGCAGAUUCAGUCUUCCCAGCCUGGUGCAGGUCUACAAUUUUGUUUCUGGUGUCCUUUGACAGCACUUUAGUCUUGGCCAUAGUGGAGUUUGGAGUGUGACUGUUUGAGGUUGUGGACAGGUGUCUUUUAUACUGAUAACAAGUUCAAACAGGUGCCAUUAAUACAGGUAACGAGUGGAGGACAGAGGAGCCUCUUAAAGAAGAAGUUACAGGUCUGUGAGAGCCAGAAAUCUUGCUUGUUUGUAGGUGACCAAAUACUUAUUUUCCACCAUAAUUUGCAAAUAAAUUCAUAAAAAAUCCUACAAUGUGAUUUUCUGGAAAAAAAAUGCUCAAUUUGUCUGUCAUAGUUGACGUGUACCUAUGAUGUAAAUUACAGGCCUCUCAUCUUUUUAAGUGGGAGAACUUGCACAAUUGGUGGCUGACUAAAUACUUUUUCCCCCCACUGUAACAGUUGUUUUGAGUGUGGCAGAAAUCAUACUGGAUUGACAGCAUGGCCAAUGUUGAAUGUUUAUCAUUUAAACCUCUUAAGGAUCGGACCCUUCUUUUGAAUUUUUACCUAAAAUGACAUACCCAAAUCUAACUGCCUGUAGCUCAGGCCCCGAAUCAAGGAUAUGCAUAUUCUUGAUACCAUUUGAAAGGAAACACUUUGAAGUUUGUGGAAAUGUGAAAUUAAUGUAGGAGAAUAUAACACAUUUAGAUCUGGUAAAAGAUAAAACAAACAAAAAAACAUGUGUUUUCUAGUAUUCUUUUUGUUCCAUCUUUGAAAUGCAAGAGAAAGGCCACAAUAUAAUAUUGCAGUUUAGGCGCAAUUUAGCAGUGUGUGUGCAAAGUUUCAGAUUGAUCCAGUGAAGCAUUGCAAUACUGGACUAUUUUGUAUGAAGUCUGCCCAAAUGUGCCGAAUUGGUCAAUUGAUACAUUUUCAAGUACAUAACUAUAGAGAACAUUUAAAAAAUGAUAUGGUGAUACAAAAUGUAAUUUUACACACUCCCAGGAAUGUCAUACAUGAUGGAUCAUUAGCUUAUACACUAAUUUUCACACAUCUAGAUGGCGGGGUGGGUGUGGAGCCAAAGACAGCGGGUUCAAACUGUAGAACCCAGUUCCUACAUUUUGAAUAUAAACAUGGAUUUUAUCAAAUAAAACUAUGCUACAUUUUAUCUCUGGGACCCUUAGGAUGACAAAUCAGUGCAAGAUUACUGAAUGUAAGUACAUUAUUUACCUUCAGAGGUGAAUGUAUCAAACCAGUUGCCGUUUUUUGUUGUUGUGCACUCUCCUCAAACAAUAGCAUGGUAUUUUUUCACUGUAAUAGCUACUGUAAAUUGUACAGUGCAGUUCGAUUAACAAGAAUUUAAGCUAUCUGCCCAAAAAAGACAUGUCUGUCCUGGAAAGUUUGCUUUUACUUACAACAGUCAUGCUAAUCACAUUAGCGCACGUUAGCUCAACCGUCCGGUAUACGGGACAUCGAUCCUGUAGAGGUUAAGCUUGGAAAAGAGACCCUUAAAUCCAGAAUUGGGACCACACACCCACUUCACUGAAUAGCAGGCUAGUGAUUGCUUUGCAAGCCACUGAUUCCUUCCAAAUCACUCAUUGUUGAAUUUGCGAUUUCCGACUUGUUGUGUAAUGUUUGUCCAAUGGCUGAUGAGCACCGAUACGUUUUAUCUAUAAUUUCGCUUCAUUAUUUCUCUUCAUAUGACUUCAGAUUAAAAAGGAUUUGUCAUGAUGACGACUGCUAGCUAAGAUUUUGAAAGUAUGAUGUUGACAUGGUCAGUCCAAUCAAAGCUACUGUUGAUAUAAUUGUAUGUAUGGCCAAUGACCUUGAGCCUUCUUGGAUGGGCACUUCUAAUGUAACUCUAGGGCAGCACCCAAGGGGCUUGAAUUUUCGAGCUCUACCUUUUCGAUUUGGCAGUGACAUAGUGUCCCCAUGAGUGACAGAACACUGAGCCAAUCACAGCGCAACUAGAGAACAUUACCAACCCCUACGCUCUGUAUUAUCCGCUGGCUGCCCCACCACCACAGAAAGCACUGAGCUAGGCUGAAACACCUGCAUUUUGGAGCUGACUUACUCAAGAAAGUAAAAAAGAGCAUGUUUGUAUGGAGGCUUUAUCAACUCAAUUUUUAACGUUGUUUGCAAACUGAUAUGUUACCUGUACUAAUGCCAAAAUAACAUGAAAAACAGGCACAUAUUUUUGGGAUAAAAAUGUGGGGCUCAAAGCAGGUGGGGCUCUGCCCUGAAUGACGGGUCGCCACUGGAGGUGAUGCUGUGGCAUGGGCUGCUCUCACUAGUAGUCUGUACCUCAGGUGACGACUCAUAAGAGGUGAUGAUGGGUCAGACACCCUUGGGUUUAAUCACACAGGCUCAGGAGAAUCAUACAGCCUGUCAUGGCAGGCUUCCACCGUUUGAUCAUCACAGGCCCUGUGACUGGCAGAGAUCAUUCAACAGGACCACUAAGCCUCUGAUGUGCUCUGGACGGGCAAUGUUUCAACAAACCACUGUUUUGAGAGAUUGCAGUCCUGGUAGACCUGGCUUCUUACUCAAAUCAUUAUCUUUAUGGACUCGGAUGACUCAGCUUUUUCCCCUGUUGUAGCCUACUUGUUGAAAUGGACAGGUAUGGUAGAUGUUCACAAGUGAAGUAUUUCACUGCAGUGCAGUGGGCUCUUUAAGCCCUAAGCAUUUAGCUUGUCAGAAAUUGUCAAGCUAUGGUAGACAUUUUGCACUCUUUAACCUUACAGAAAGGGAAAAUGCUAAUGUUUAAGUGCACACCUGAAGGACUCUGUAUCAGGAAGAAACACCAGGCUGUUUAAAUGGGAUUAAGACACAACAUUAAUAACCCUGUGUUUAUCCUUUAGCAGAUAGAAAACCUCCCCCUCAACACUUUUGGAAAUGCUAGUAACCUUUCCCGUUCAGAAUGAUACAGUAUCUCUGUAUAGCAAGCCUGGUUUUUCUUAAUGUCCCUACACCCAACUACACUGAACAAAAAUAUAAACCUAACAUUUAAAGUGUUGGUCCCACAUUUUUUUACAUCCCUGUUAGUGAGCAUUUUUCCUUUGCCAAGGUAAUCAUCCACCUGACAGGUGUGGCAUAUCAAGAAGCUGAUUAAACAGCAUGAUCAUUACACAGGUGCACCUUGUGCUGGGGACAAUUAAAGGCCACUCUAAAAUGUGCAGUUUUGUCACACAACGCCACAGAUGUCUCACGUUUUGAGGGAGCGUGCAAUUGACAUGCUGACUGCAGGAAUGUACACCAGAGCUGUUGCCAGAGAAUGUAAUGUUCAUUUCUCUACCAUAAGCCGCCUCAAACGUCGUUUUAGAGAAUUUGGCAGUACGUCCAAUUGCAUCGUGUGGGCGAGCGGUUUGCUGACGUCAACGUUGUGAACAGAGUGCCCCAUGGUGGCAGUGGGGUUAUGGUAUGGGCAGGCAUAAGCUACGGACAACGAACACAAUUGCAUUUUAUCGAUGGCAAUUUGAAUGCACAGAGAUACCGUGACGAGAUCCUGAGGCCCAUUGUCGUGCCAUUCAUCCGCCACCAUCACCUCAUGUUUCAGCAUGAUAAUGCACGGCCCCAUAUCGCAAGGAUCUGUACACAAUUCCUGGAAGCUGAAAAUGUCCCAGUUCUUUCAUGGCCUGCAUACUCACCAGACAUGUCAUCCAUUUAGCAUGUUUUGGAAUGCUCUGGAUCGACGUGUACGACAGUGUGUUCCAGUUCCUGCCAAUGUAUCCAGCAACUUCGUACAGCCAUUGAAGAGGUGUGGGACAACAUUCCACAGGCCACAAUCAACAGCCUGAUCAAAUUUCUCUUCCUCAUGAGGGAGGAUAAUGAACGUUCACAGAGAAAGUAGACCUACCAAUUAGUUUGUUUUUACUGAUAUCUAUUUGGUUUAUGAAUUAAGGGAUUAACUCGAAUUACUGCAAUUACUGAAAUGUAAUUUGCUACAAUGGGAAUUCAUAGUAGUUACAAACCACAGUUGGGGUCACCUGCUACAGUUCUCCCACUGGCAUACUGCAUAAUGUUAAUCUCAACUGUUUUCUUUCUCAUUCUGUCAUCUGGUGGUCAAAGCAAGUGUGAAAACAGCAUAGACAACCCCUCCCUCUCUCUCUCUGCCUCCUCUCUCUUACUGACACCUACCCAUGAGCCCCCUCUUUCCAUUUACUGUGACCAUAGAGAUGUAUAGAGAUCGCAACGUUGUAUCUGUCCCAUUAUGAUAUCUGUAAGUGCACAGUCAGCGCCGUUGAGGCCAUCUCCAUUUUGAAGUAGUCCAUUUUAUUUUUCUACUACUUCUGAGUUGGUACACAAACUGAAAGGGUGAAUACUGCCACCUGGAGUGUUUGAACAGGUAUUAUUAAGCCAAGAUUGGAGAUUUACUGCUUGCCACCUGCAGUUAUGGAAUGGCUGAUCUCUCCUGAUGACCUGGAUGGAAUUAUGUGACCCGUCCUUAACCCAUAGGAAGUCCCACCCAGUUGACUACUUAAAAAUGGUGAAAGACCUUAAUGGCGCUGCCGAUGCUAAAACAGGCUUUUGGGCACUAGAGGCCUCUAUACAUCUCUGACUGUGACCAGCAUCCUUACCCACUGAGCACCUACCGACACACACCAGACAUCCAUGGACGUUGACAUUUGGUCAGUCCGCCCUGGCUGUGAUUUCAACAUCCACAGACGUCGUUUUUUGGUACAGUACAGACUUGCUUUAAUUUCAACGUCCACAGACAGAUUUUUGGUCCGGUCCUGACCGGCCUUGAUUUGGCCCAAACAUAGACGUGGAUGAUUGGUUCAGAUUUGAUCCAGUACAGUAGAGUACAGUAAAAUAAAAGUUCAGUAUAGUCCUGUACUGUAAAAUAGAGUAGAAGAGUUUAGUACGGUAUAGCAUACUAGAGUACAGUAUUAUGUACUGAACUGUACUGCGCUAUACUUUGAUGUCCAAACUCGCGAAACAUAGGUGUCUAUGAUUGGUUCAGAUUUGGACCGGUCUGGACCAACCAAACUUGGUCUUGUUUGGGGGCGGAGCUUAUUAAAAUAAUAGCCAGUGUGAAUAAUGCCCAAAUGUGACCAAAUAUGCAAAGGAGGAUAUUGCAUAAUUGUACCUUUUUGUGUACCUAUUCAGGCUCUAACGCUAUGAAGAGAAUGAUAUUCAUAUCCAUAAUUAUGCAUUUCUGUAUAGUACAGAUCCAGGACCGAUGAUGUAAUCCCUUGUCACCCGGUCUAAAUUCUCUUCACCUACUGUAGUUCAAUAACCCAAAUAGAUGUUUUCAAAGUCAAGGUGUCAUGUCAUAGCUGACACCCCAUUCUUUCUACAUCUUUGAAUUUUAAUUUGGAGUAGAUAUUUAAGAGUUUUUGGAAAACGGAGGUCACAUAAAAAAACGGAGGGAGAUUUUACAGUAAUUCUGUUCCCAAACUUUGCAUCUGCACAGUUCUUCCAGUAAAUGUUCAGUGUAAAUUGUUAAAAGUAGUCCUUGUGCAUAGUUGUAUGGUUUGUUAAAUGGAAUUGUGUAAUCUAAUCUAUUGUAUGGUUUAUAUAGAUUAACUGGUAUGUUUAUUCGAUUUUUAUAUUGGUUAUAGUUGAAACCAAAGCUGAAGAAUGCAGCAGUCAAUGGUCUACCAAAUGAUCCCAUUAUAUUUGGAUUUAUGCUUCCAGUUUACUCCUCACCUGUCAUUGUAUCAUUGACAGUGAAGUUGUUGCAAGACACUUGGCUACUCAUACACACGUGUCAUAUACCCAAGCCAUAAACAUGUAGUAGGCCUGUGUGUAACUAACCCUGAACCUUGGAACGGCAUACACUGAUCAUAGUGUUGGAAACAUGAGAGGAUUAUUUGUCAGUCAUACUGUAUCGUCCUACUUUGAAGUGUAACCUGGAGUGAAUGAGUUGAAGUCGGGUAGUUACUUGUUAACACAGCCAGAGCUUUAAACUUCUGCACCCCCUGGAAUUAAGUUAUUUGUUUAUAUAAUUGCACAACGUAAGGUCUAAAGUUGUGCAUGCCAUUGCACCUUCAUGACCCCUCACGUGCACUAGCUCACUCUCUCAUAGCCUCACACACAUUUGCGUAAACUCAUGACCGCUGGCUCUGAGGACUAAUCAAAAUAGAGCACAGCGUCUCACAAAGCUGCUCUGCAGGAAGCUGCCAGUUACCCAGGCAUGACAGGACCGUUCAGAUCAGCUGAAGUUGGUGUGUUGUCAAAGGGCACAUUGUGAAAGAGAGAUGGAUAGUAUUGCAUGUCUUAAAUGGUAGAGGAGUGAAAUAAAGUGAUGAAGAGUGCAGUGGGGAGUCCAGAUGUGUUUUGACAGUUGAUAGUACAAAUAUUGCCAGUAAUUAGAGACUGUAAAUGAUAGUUUUCUUAGUGGUAGUACAAAUUAUGAAGUGUAAGAUGUUUGGUUUUAGGAUGUGCACUUAUACUUUUAAAACAAGAACCUAGUUGUAUUAGAUUUUUGAAAUUAUUUAUUUGUAAUGUGUUAUUUAAAAAACGUUUUGUAUUUUUGCAGGUCUUCACUUUGCCUUCCACGGUGGUUUAAGAUGGGUGCAUAUGAGGAAGACACUCCCACUGCUUGACUAUUUAAGUCCCAGGUUCCUCAGACCACCAUUCACCAGCUAGCCCAACCACUGACACGGUAAGACCUGCUUGACACUUAUCAAUUCUCUCUCUCUGUGUCUCUGUCUGUCUGUCUGUCUCUCUCCCUCAUUCUCUCUUCAAGGCCUCUUAUUUCUUAUGCAAUUAGUAUUCUCCCAGCCCUGCUCAAUGCAAGGGUCACCGGUGUCACAAUAGGAUGGUGUCCUUGCAUCAGUGAGGUGACGCAAACUGCAUACUGUAGGCGUGCCCCACUUUAGUGCCUGUCUGCUCGCUGAGGGUGUGAGACAGGCUGUGAAGACCUCAGACACGCCUGGUAAAUUCACUGCCAGCUGUGUUGUGAGGUGAAUUUAUCAUCAUGUGUCUGGGGCUUCUGAUUAACCACUAACUAUCUGUCUGUUGUGAUGUUUAGACGUGAGGCUAGGUCAGUCUGCCCUGGCUCACACUCACUGUGGUAUGUGUCAAUAGACCACCAUCCAGCAGUGUGUGGGAGCCUUGAGAACUAAUGCCCAUUUGAUUAGCACUUUUAUCAGGACCGACAGACUAAAGCUUUGUUGACAUGCCUACUGUAGAGUGGAGUUACGUUGUGGUUUCAAUGUUUAAUUAACUUUUAGCAUAACACUUACUGAGACCUCUCAAUGCUCUGAAAUGGUAGAAUAACCAAGUAGAAAAUUAUUAGGUGUGAAUUAUAUUUUAAGUAAUUUGGUUAUAGUGGUGAAAGAUGUUUCCGUCAAAGCACCUAUUGUGUUCCUUGCAUGUAUCUAGCUCCUCUUGCUUGAAGAGAAACUAAGAUGGCCAGUGAUGAUGAUGAUGAUAACUACUCUCUUCCUCUCCCCUCUUUCCCUCACUAUAGCAUUUUAUCCAUCCACCUCAGAGUCCUAAGAGAACACCGUCCUGAUCCACCCGGGCUGCGCCACCUACGGCUACCCCCCUCCCAACCCCACCUCCAUUCCCAGCCCCUCACCCAGCAGCAUCAUGGGGGACGUAGUCCAGAUGCACUUCACCACGCCGGACUAUGUGAUCUUCGCCAUGCUUCUGGUGGCGUCCACGUGCAUCGGCCUGUUCUACGCCCUGUCCGGCGGGCGCCAGCGCACCACGCAGGAGUUCCUAUUGGCCGACCGUUCUAUGAGCUGCCUGCCCGUGUCGCUGUCACUGCUCGCCACCUUCCAGUCGGCCGUGGCCAUCCUGGGAGCGCCCUCGGAGAUCUACACCUAUGGAACGCAGUACUGGUUCCUGGGAGUCUCCUACUUUCUGGGUCUGCUUAUCCCCGCCCACGUCUUCAUACCUGUCUUCUACAGGCUCCGCCUCACCAGCGCUUAUGAGGUGAGCUCUAAGCCCUUACCUUACCUAGAGAGAGAACAGUGUCUGUGAAUGAUGAGGAUUAUGAGGAGAAGUUUGUGCACCCGUGUAUCUCUGUGCAUCUGUCUUGCUAGAACCCUGGUAAGGAAGGCUAGUUGAAUGCAAAAACAACGUUCUCAGCAUGUUGUCUGUUGAGAUCCCGCCAUGCUUUUUCAUAUUGAAACAAUAGCUAAGGGUGAACCAGAGUACGUCUCUCCAUUGCGCAUCAUUGUUUAGCAGAUGAGUGUCGCUAACAACAACAGAAUGUGCCCCAAAUCUUCACUUGUAUUGUCCUCAGAAUAGACACAUUCACAGAUUACUCAUGCUUUAUGACCUGUGAUAGGCUUUAACAUCUCUUUCCUUCUUCCCCUCGCUCUCUCUCUCUCUCUCCCCCACCUUUUCUGUAUUUUCUUACUCUGUAGUAUUUGGAGCUGCGCUUCAAUAAGACGGUGCGCAUUAUGGGGACCGUGACCUUUAUCUUUCAGAUGGUGUGUGUCCUUUACACUGCUGUAGUUAUGUCUGUGUGUAUGCUUAUGUGUAUUUUAAUCAACCCCCUAUGUUACCUCUGUUUGCUUCCCUCGAAUUUUGACCAUUGUUUGUCUCCGCAGGUGAUCUAUAUGGGAGUGGUCCUCUAUGCCCCAGCACUCGCACUCAAUGCAGGUAAAGGGAUCUGCCACAUGUAUUUACUACGUCAUACUUUAUAAAGUGGUAGAAUAAUAGUUGUACUGAUUACAUUCGGUGAGGGCUUUAGUACCUGUUCGGGCUUUAUAGACGAUCAAUGACCGAUGUGCUGUCAAUGUGAUCUCUGUUGGUGAUGUGUGCGGUGUAGCUCAGUUGGUAGAGCAUGGCGCUUGCAACGCCAGGGUUGUGGGUUUGAUUCCCACGGGGGGCCAGUAUGGAAAAAAAGUAUGAAAAAUGUAUGCACUCACUAACUGUAAGUCGCUCUGGAUAAGAGCGUCUGCUAAAUGACUAAAAUGUAAAUGUAAAAUGUGUGCUGUUAAUACUGUCCACCUGCAGUGACUGGAUUUGACCUCUGGGGGGCAGUGCUGGCCAUGGGACUGGUGUGCACCUUGUACACAACACUGGUGAGUGUGUCUCUCUCUUCAUCAGUGAGUUUUCAAUUCAGUCAUCCAUCUCCCUACAACUCUGAAGUCAAUUAUGAUACAUACUGUGAACCCAGCCAUAUAUAUCUCUUGUGUCGGUCAGGGAGGGCUAAAGGCAGUCAUCUGGACAGAUGUGUUCCAGACCAUUGUGAUGUUUGCUGGCCAGCUGGCGGUCAUCAUAGUGGGGGCCCACCAGGCAGGGGGCAUGGGAGAGGUGUGGCGGAAGGCCAUGAACGGCAGCCGCAUUGCUAGCCUGGAGUGAGUGUUCUCCAGUUCACCUAAAGAUACUUAAAACUGUCCCUGGACCAGUUAUGGAGGAUAUUGAUACUGGUCUAUGGCUCUGUGUGUAGGUAUAGUGUUGUAACCCUCCUCUCCUUUGACCUGUGCUCUGUGCAGUCUGAACCCUGACCCGACGGAGAGGCACACGUUCUGGACGCUGGGGGUGGGCGGGGUGUUCCUCAUGCUGGCGCUGUACGGGGUCAACCAGGCCCAGGUUCAGAGGUACCUCAGCUCCCGCACUGAGAGGGAGGCCGUCAUGUAAGCAUUAACAUUAACACCUGGUUGAAUUGGAUUCAAAUGAGAGAUCAUGUAAAAAAUUUACAAUUGCUCAGGCACAUAAUGGUAAUGUUAAUAUAUGUUGUGGUGUGUGUCUCCAGGUCGUGCUACGUGGUGUUUCCCUGCCAGCAGGUGGUGUUGUGUCUGGGUUGUCUGAUGGGCCUGGUGAUGUUUGCUCGCUACGGUGAGGACAGCCCGCUUGAUAAGGGCUACGUCAAAACCAACGACCAGGCAAGUAGGACUACUACCUCCACAACAACCUUAGGACUAGCUACCUCCACAACAACCUUAGGACUAGCUACCUCCACAACAACCUUAGGACUAGCUACCUCCACAACAACCUUAGGACUAGCUACCUCCACAACAACCUUAGGACUAGCUACCUCCACAACAACCUUAGGACUAGCUACCUCCACAACAACCUUAGGACUAGCUACCUCCACAACAACCUUAGGACUAGCUACCGCUACAACAACAUUAGGACUAGCUACCUCCACAACAACACACUUAGUGGGCCCUCAUACACUACCGGUCAAAUGUUUUAGAACACCUACUCAUUCAAGGGUUUUUCUUUAUUUUUUUACUAUUUUCUACAUUGUAGAAUAAUAAUGAAGACAUCAAAACUAUGAAAUAACACAUAUGGAAUCAUGUAGUAACCCAAAAAAGUGUUAAACAAAAUGUAGUAACCAUAAAAGUGUUAAACAAAUCAAAAUAUAUUUUAUAUUUGAGAUUCUUCAAAUAGCCACGCUUUGCCUUGAUGACAGCUUUGCACACUCUUGGCAUGCUCUCAACCAGCUUCAUGAGGUAGUCACCUGGAAUGCAUUUCAAUUAACAGGUGUGCCUUAAAAGUUCAUUUGUGGAAUUUCUUUCCUCAAUGCGUUCGAGCCAAUCAGUUGUGUUGUGACAAGGUAGGGGGGUAUACAUAAGAUAGCCCUAUUUGGUGUAUAUUUCAGCAUUUCCUGCACUUAUUUGAGAUCAUUUCCACACUGCCACGUAGGGCUACACGAUAUGGGCAAACAAUCUAUGCCUUAUUUUUUUACCAAAUGUUGCAAUUGCGAUUUGACUUGAGAUUUAGAGCAAAACACUUGGGUAAACUAUUGGAAUCAUGGAAAUAGAACGAUUAUUCUAAUUAUAUAGUUAGACUAUAAUAGUGGGCACUUUGAAUACAGUGUUUGACAACGAAUGAAAAUGCCAGGGAGGAGUUAUUGUGACAGGGUAGGAACCAAAGUUUUGAUUAAGUGUUUCCUAAGGGACCCUAUCAUCUUUGGCUACAUUGAAUGUUUUCUCUUAGAUACUUAAUGUACCUAACACAUUCUUGCUUCGCGUAUUCCUCUUUGAUUUAGAAGAUACUGUUGCACGAACAACAUGUUGAUUUAGGUCUACACCAUCACUGGUAUUAUCAGUCUGUAUAGCUAGUUACGUUUGCUUUGACUCCGUACAUUUAUUAGCUAGUUAGCGAUUAGCAUUAGCGGCUAACAAGAUUUAGGCCCAACUUGAUAUAAAACGACAAACUAGCUGUUUGCAGAUGCAAGAAACACAAACUGAUAGUGUAAUUAUAGAAAGCUAGUGGAUUUAUAUUAAGAAGCAAAGUGAAAACAGCAUCGUUGUCAUGAACCUUGUUGCAUGUGCUGCAUUGACCAUACAGACUGAAUGCAAGUGUCUCGUUGAGGAACAAGUUAACAAAUGUGCUCCUUAAGUGACAGGGGGCGGGGCUAGGUCUGUGGAAAGCGGCAUGGAGAGAGCGGCGAGACAUGACUCAGGUAGCGAAGUAAACUACAAAUGGACGUUACACAUGGCGUAACACAUUUAACAAACCAAACAUUCAAAUACCGUUAUAGAAGGUAAAGUGAAAACCCAAACCGGUCCGUGCAUCAAUACCGGUAUAUCGUAAAAGACGGUAUACCGCUCAGCCCUACCUCACUGCACUAGCAUCCUGAUGUGACUGGCUAUGUGAAUGUCUCUCUUCAGAUCAUAGCCAAUCAAAGGCUUGAUGUUUGAGUUGAGGCCAUUGUUUGGUUUAGUUCUUCCAUAACUGUAAUUUGUGAGGCUUCAUUUUGGUACUUUUGAUCCAGUCUAAGUGGCAGUUUCUUCCUGUUUGCAGAUGGUGCUGUACUUUGUGAUGGAUGUGUUCAAGGACCUGCCAGGCCUCCCAGGGCUGUUUGUAGCCUGCCUGUUCAGCGGAGCUCUCAGGUACUUUACUUAACUACCACUGCUACUGGCUCUCAUAUGUUCGGUCUGUAGUAGUAGUCAGACAUGUUUCUAUGCUACAUUAAUGUCAUAGUGUUGUAGUACACCACUUAUGAUACUGUUAUGAAUACACUACACCACGCAAUUUAGCCCCAGGACAUUACUCACUCAGCUUCCCUCUCUCUUGCAUUGCAGUACCAUCUCAUCAGCGUUUAACUCCCUAGCGACGGUAACCAUGGAGGACCUGAUCAAGCCUUACUGCCCGGCCAUGACGGAGGCCAAAGCCACGCUGCUCUCAAAGGGCCUGGGUGAGCUGCUGUUCCCUGAGUGGCCACACAGUGGCAGUGUGUAUGAACAGUGGCAGCAGUCUUCAUGAGUGAUGGUUGUGAUGACAGUAAUGAUGAUUUUAUUGAGCUUUUCGUUAAGUAACGUUGCUGGAGUAUAGAGCCCACAAACCAGUUUUGACUUCACCAUCCAAAUACUGCUGAGUGUUUUUUAAAACUUGUGGAGUACACUUAAUCAGGACUGUACUGCUAUGGUCCUGACCAGUGUUUCUCUUCCUCUCUGUUUUCCCAGCAUUGGCCUACGGUCUGGUGUGUCUUGCCAUGGCCUACAUCGCCUCUCGCAUGGGCUCAGUGCUGCAGGUGAGGGACUGACACAUUUCCCCUGCUGUCUUUUGCUUUAAUUAAUGGGUACUCCUCUACCCCACUGAAUUACAUUUAGCAACGCUGCACUCAUUCAGUGGCUUCAUAGGAGUUAUGAAAGGAUUAUAAACCUAUUAUUCAUUCAUUCACUCUCUCACUCCCUCUCUCUCCUCCAGGCAGCAUUCAGUAUCUUUGGGAUGGUGGGUGGUCCUCUCCUCGGCCUCUUCUGUCUUGGCAUGUUCUUCCCCUGGGCUAACUCCACUGUAAGUCAAAAUGCUGCCGUGUUAAGACAGGGGUCAAGUUGGCUAGCAUUGAGGGAUAUUAAAUUAGAGGACAUCUGUUUUUUUUUUUUUUACUGCACAAUAAAAUAUAUGGGAAGAUGCUGAACGUUUUCAUCAUAUCUGUAGUGAAUUGGAGAGAUCGGUCUGAUUUUGAUCUAACUGUUCCUGUCUCUCUCUGUCCACAGGGUGCAAUAGUAGGGUUGGUGGCAGGCCUGGCUAUGGCGUUCUGGAUUGGCAUUGGUAAUUUCGUGUCUCGUAUGGCCGUGCCCACACCUCUGCUCCCCAUCAUCAACGCCACCACUAUGCCCCUCCUCGGCAACAUGACUACUGCUGUCAUGACAACCCUGACUACCUCAAUCACCGCUAAACCAAAGUACAUUCUUUUUUUUCUUCUCCUCGUUAAAAUGAUGGCAUUUGAACCAGUACAGCACUAUCAAACAUAAAGCGCUUGAUUUGUAUCCCAUUCUAUCCCACCAAAUAUUGUAACCAUUUUAAGGAUGACUGCAUAAGAAUGAUUAUAUGAAUCUGACCAAGUAUCUGUGUUUUCCUCUCUCCAGGCCUACGGGUGUGCAGGCCCUGUACAAUCUGUCCUAUUUGUGGUACAGUGCUCAUAACUCUACCACUGUGGUGAUAGUGGGACUGAUAGUCAGCCUGUUGACUGGCCCUAUGAAGGAGAAAGACCUGACCCCAGGGACGGUGUACCCUGUCCUGGGGAACCUGCUCUUCUUCCUACCUGAACGCUACAGGGAGAAGCUCUGCUGUGCCACUCCACUGCCACACAAGGUAGCCCUCGGAUCUAUCUAGUGAAUUCUUCUAAUAGUUUUUGUUAGCCACACUCUGUUUUCAAAAUAAUUGUAACGGUAUUUACUUUACUUUAAUUACCAUAUGUUUUUUUUUGUAUGUGUGUGGGAAUGUUGUGCAGCCCAAAGCUAUCGACACGCAGCCGUACCAGAUGGCUCAGGAAAGCAACGGCGUGGCCCAAUACAAAGAGGAGAAGGACGAGGAGAAGGAGGAGGAGAAGAAGGAGGAGGAGAAGAAGAAGGAGAAGGAGGAGGAGAAGAAGAAGGAGGAAGAGGAGGAGGAGGAAGAAGAGAAGGAGGAAAACGAGGAGAGGGCCACCCCUCAGCCUUCCUGCCGACUGGCUCACACAGUGCAGGAGACUGCCU